CCGUUGCCCAGUAAACAUAAUAUUACAACAGCUCUGUGUUAUUUUACGAAAUAAAAAUAUAAAUAGUUUCAGAUUGAUAAUAUUUUUGCUUGAAAUUAGUGUAAAACAUCUUAAUAUGUGAAGUGUAUAUAUAAAACCAACAAAAUAAAUCAACAAUAAGCUUUAAACUGUGAUUUACAAAAGUGACUAUGUUUUGUGCAAAACAUCAUUUUAGGUUCUAAAAGUCGUAUAAAAUCUAACUAAGAUAUAUAAAAAACGUGUGUUAUAGUGCCCUAAAUAAAAAGAAACAUUCGAUAGUUAGCAUAGUGAAUCUAUUUAUCAUUAAAUAAUGUUCGUUUUUACUUAUAACUAAUUAACUUUGUGUCAUACAAGUUACUUACCUACCCGCAUAAAAAUCAUCAUUAUAAUAACGCUCAUACAUCUCAAUAAGUUAAAAAUUUUCGCAAGCUGAAGUAACGAGCUCGUGGCUCAGUUGGUUAAGUGCCGGCUUAAUUCUGCAUAUAAAAGUUAUCGAGACGUGCGUUCGAUCCCCAACCCGAAGAUUUUUUUCAAUUCUUUAAAUUCUAUAUUUGAAUUACUUGGUCAGCAAGAGAUGGCGCUGUGUGCUGGAUGCAGGAGCACCUUGCCCAAAAAAGGUUUCCUUAGCUGUGCGACCUGUAAAGCUAAAUAUGAUUGCGAAUGCGCAAACAUAAGUUCUAAGCAGUUUGAACAAAUGGACCAACCUAAAAAGGAUAAUUGGAAAUGCCCGGAGUGUUGUAGUAAACUACCAAAGACGGGUAACACACACACACCCGUUAGGCAGGCCGCCUCAUUCAACACGGCAAACAGUGACGACACUCCUCAGGCCUACGACACUCCUCAGUCCUACGUCACUACUCGCAAAAAACUUAAGUCUCCCACACCCGCAUCGUCGAGUUGCAAUGAUGGCGGCAAUUACUUGACCGAGAGCUCUCUUCGUGAUAUUCUUAAACAAGAAUUAUCUGCAACGAUACACAAUCUGGUCACGGCGCAGCUAAAUUCAAUUAAUGAACAAAUAGUCGGAUUCAACGAAUCUAUGUCUUUUAUAAACACGCAGUUUGAGGAAAUGAGAGCUGUGAUAGAAGAAAAAUCCGCUGUUAUUAACCAAUUGAAAAAGGAAAAUAUCCAUCUUCAAGCAUCGGUAAAGGACCUCACAACCAGGCUUAAUAUUGUCGAACUGCAUAUGAGAGAAUGCAACGUUGAAAUUAAUGGUAUUCCAGAACAUAAAACGGAAAAUUUAGUCAAUACGGUAGUGCAACUAAGCCAAGUUGUUAAAAAUAAUAUUUCUGUUGAUGACAUCCAACAUGCUACCCGCGUAGCUAAGCUCAACAAAAGCACCGACAAGCCACGGUCCGUCAUCGUCAAGCUCCGUACCACAAAGCACCGUGAUGCUCUCCUAGCAGCUGUAGCACAAUAUAAUAAGAAAAAUCCUGAAGAUAAAUUGAGCUCCCACCAUUUAGGGAUUGGAGGAGCGCGAGCCCCUAUAUAUGUUUCGGAACAUCUUACCCCGGGAAGUAAAUCUUUACACGCCGCCACGCGCAUAAAAGCCAAAGAAAUGAAAUAUCGGUUCACGUGGAUUAGAAAUGGAAAAAUUUAUGUACGCAAGGAUGAAUUCAGUCAAGCAAUAUUAAUGAGAAAUGAAGACAGUCUUAAGCUCAUAGUUUAAAUAAUAUUGUAGUGAAUGUUAUGGCCUUAAAAUUCUUAACAGAGCUAGAGAUUUAUUAUCAGAAUGUACGAGGGUUAAGAACAAAGACCAAUGAUGUGCUUAAGAAUGUCUUGAUUUCUAACUAUAAAAUUAUUGUAUUCACCGAGACCUGGCUGAAUCCUGGUAUCUUUGAUAACGAAUU